GGGGAAACAGAACAGGCGACAGAAGAAGAGGAAGAAGAAGGGGAGAAAAUCACACUUGCUGCUGCUGCCCCACAUUGUGAAGGCGGUCCGUGUUCUACAAAGCCACCAACAACCAUCUGUCCUUCAUUAUUUAAAGUGGACAGCACGGCGGUGAUACUCCGGAGGUCCCACUCGACUGCUGAAGUGAUGCGCCCUGCAGGACUGUGUGAACAGUAAAAUGAUUUGAUCCUCGCUUUGGAUACAUCCAGUCGGUGCUGUUGAUGAUAAGACGGAGCAUGAAGUUUGCGGUUGCGGUGUUGUGGUUCUCCCUGGCUCUCGGGAAGGCUACUAUGCAAGCUCAGGAAGACUUUGUGUCGCUGGCCGAGAUGGAGGAUUCCUUGCUGAAAAACGUUUUCAGUGGUUACCAGAAGUGGGUGCGGCCUGUCCAGCACGCCAACGACACCAUUACCGUACGCUUUGGACUCAAAAUCUCACAGCUGGUCGAUGUGGAUGAAAAGAACCAACUGAUGACUACAAAUGUCUGGCUCUGGCAGGAGUGGGUUGAUGUGAAGCUGAAGUGGAACCCAGAUGACUAUGGAGGCAUUACAUCCAUCAGAGUGCCUUCAGAGACUAUAUGGCUGCCUGACAUCGUCCUGUAUGAAAAUGCGGACGGUCGCUUUGAGGGUUCCCUGAUGACCAAAGCCAUUGUCCGCUGGGAUGGUACCAUAACAUGGACUCCACCUGCCAGCUACAAGUCCUCCUGCACCAUGGAUGUCACCUUCUUCCCCUUUGACCGACAGAACUGCUCCAUGAAAUUUGGCUCCUGGACUUACGAUGGAAACAUGGUGGAUCUCGUCCUGGUGGAUCACUAUGUGGACCGCAAAGACUUCUUCGAUAAUGGCGAGUGGGAGAUCCUGAAUGCUACAGGAGUGAAGGGGAGCAGGAGGGAUGGGGUGUACUGGUACCCGUUUGUCACCUACUCUUUCAUCCUCAAGAGACUACCCUUGUUCUACACCCUCUUCCUCAUCAUCCCAUGCCUUGGCCUUUCCUUUCUGACUGUGCUGGUGUUUUAUUUACCAUCAGACGAAGGAGAGAAACUGUCACUUUCGACAUCUGUGCUGGUGUCGCUCACUGUGUUCCUCCUUGUCAUAGAAGAAAUCAUCCCUUCAUCCUCAAAGGUGAUCCCACUGAUUGGAGAAUAUCUGCUCUUCAUCAUGAUCUUUGUCACUUUCUCCAUCAUCGUCACUGUCUUUGUCAUUAACGUACACCACCGUUCCUCUGCUACCUACCACCCCAUGGCCCCCUGGGUAAAGAGCCUCUUCCUUCAGCGGCUGCCCAGACUGCUGUGUAUGAGGGGGCACACUGACAGAUACCACUUUCCAGAUAUGGAGAUGCGCAGCCCAGAGCUGAAGCCCCGCAAAGGUGCGGGGAGGAGGGGGGCUCCUGGCCAGCAGAGAGGCCCAAUUGCAGGGAAAGAGGACGAGAACCAAGCCUGGCUGGCCAUGCUGGAGAAAGCCACGAGUUCAGUUCGCUACAUCAGCCGUCACAUCAAAAAGGAGCACUUCAUACGAGAGGUUGUUCAAGACUGGAAGUUUGUGGCUCAGGUGUUGGACAGGAUUUUCCUGUGGGCCUUCCUCACAGUGUCAAUACUGGGAACUGUCCUAAUCUUCACCCCUGCUCUGCAGAUGUACCUCAGCACACCUUGAUCAAAACACACGCACACAUACACACACGCACACAAACUCAUGAAUUUGCUCCAACAGUUUGUUCUUGUUUCCCUGUUUGUUUUUUGGCUGUGACUUAUUAAUGAAGCUCAAAAAAAAAACCAAAAAAACAUUCACACUCUGGGCCCUAUUUAGAUGAUCUAUAGCGCAUGAUCUAAAGCCAUGGCGCAAAUGCGUUUAGGGCGUGCCAAAAUCCAUUUUGCUAGUUUAAUGGCGGAUAAUCUGGGCGUCAGAGGCAGCGCGCGUCGCAGAGGGGUUGUGUUUAGACUGAAUUAGUGUGUAUGAAUUAACAAAUCUGUGCGUCACUUCCCAUUCCGUUUGAAAUAAACAAGGUGCACCAGGAAUUGGCGGAUUGUAAUCUAAAUGACAGAUUUGGCGAAUGACAGAUGUGAGAGAUGUUCUGCUAAAUAAACCGAACUGCUUGUUUGCGAGGCGAAGGCGCGCAGGCAGAUAAUUUGCGGAAGUAGUUGAUAUCCACCAAAAGCAGCAGAGGUAAAGCAGGCAUGAGAGGA